UUCUUGAUGGACAAAUGAAGUAAUGCCAGACGUUUAAGCUCGUUUCACCCCAUUUUAUGAACUUACCCGAUCCCGACGUCACUGUGCGUGUGGCAGCAGAUCAACCCCGCCACGCAGCAGGGAUGUCGCGAGAACACGAAAAAGAAGAAAAAGCAAUAAGCGAAUGAUGUCAGUAAUUGUGGCUGCUGCCCGCCCCAACUUAGAUUUCCUCGACUUUCUUCGUUAUCGAAUAUCCCAAGACCUUGCAAUAGUCCGCAAGCAAAUCCUACCCAGACUGUACGGACCUUGCACGACUCGCUACCGAAAUCUGGGAAGUAAUCGACGGCAUCCCUUCACCUUGUUCAUUCACUGUUUCGUCCCGACCGUACGGCACAGCGCGGCGCAACUCCACACUUCAUCCCACCUCAACAUUCCACCCCCGAGCUUCAGCCUCACAACGCUCCUCUUCCAGAACCUCGCACGGCCACCGACGCCACAAGUCAUAUAAUAAUGUCUUCCCCACCAACACCACCCGAAGAGAAGCAGACGGAAGAGCAAAAGCAAAACCAGAGAGACAAGGUUCUCGCACAGGCAACCGCGAAGCUCCAGGAGGCACAGAAAGAGACCGAAGCUGCGCAGGAGCUCCGCGAGCGGGCCGAGGCGACCGAGGACCCGGAGGAGAAGAAGAAGAUACUCGCCGAGGCCGCGGAGCAUGAGAAAAAGGCUCAGGGGUCGGCGAAGCAGUCCAAGCGGCUGCAGAGCGGCAUUUGGCAGGGCGGCAUUGGCGGCGCAGGCAUCGGAGCCGGACUGGGGACUGGACUGGGUGCCGGCGUGGGUACAUUGGUAGGGGCAGUUGUCGGCGGUGUCACGGCUAUUCCUACGACGGGGCUGGGGCUUCUGGUUGGAGUUGGGACGGGCGCGAUACACGGGCCUUGGUAUAAGUUGGAACAGGAGAAGAAGGAGGCUGAGGAGGCCGAGGCGAAUGGGGAGGAGGAGGGAGAGUCGGAUGAUGGAGAAGGGGACGAGAAGGCUGCCAAGACCGUCAAGGCCGGUUGAGGCCCAGUCCGUCUAUCUGUUUCUUUCUUCCCUUUGUGUUGUUUUUGCUUGACGAGAUACCAUCUGAUGAGGGCUGUAUGAUAUACGGGUGCCAGCUUUUGUUUAUGGGAUGGGGCGGGAGAUCAUGGCUUACGACCGAAAACGACCAUUGCAUAUAGCCUUGCUUUCUCCUUUCCCUUUCCUUUCUGUCCUUCUCUUUUCCAUUAUAUCUAGCAUAGCAACAAGAUUUUGGGUUUCUUUUGGGAUUUAGAUGUUAAAAGGUAUAGGAAAAUACGAGCUAUACGGAUGGGCUAGUGGGGGCCAACACUCGCGCUAGACUGUAGCCUUCAUAUGAAAUAUCGGUAUCAAGAUUUGAAGAUCGUUUGAAUGGGGCACUUCUCAUUAGCUCCAGAAAUUGAAUACAAUACGUAAC